CCGUCCGGUAUCUUCUGCCUCUCAGAAUCUUCCUGCCGUCGCGUGCGGAUCUCGCUGCUCCGGCCUCCGGGGCACGUUCCAUCCUUUCAGCCCACGACCUGCGCUGAGGAAAAAAAAAACAUUUUCUUGCCCCGCACAUAACUUGAGGCGAGCAAAAAGAAAAUUAAAAUUAAUUUUUAACCAUGAGGGAAAUCGUGCACAUCCAGGCCGGUCAGUGUGGCAACCAGAUCGGUGCCAAGUUCUGGGAAGUUAUCAGCGAUGAACACGGCAUUGACCCUACCGGUACUUACCAUGGAGACAGCGACCUGCAAUUGGACCGCAUCUCUGUGUACUACAAUGAAGCCACAGGUGGCAAAUAUGUUCCUCGGGCUAUCUUGGUGGAUCUAGAACCUGGGACCAUGGACUCUGUUCGCUCAGGUCCCUUUGGCCAGAUCUUCAGACCAGACAACUUUGUUUUUGGUCAGUCUGGGGCAGGCAACAACUGGGCCAAGGGCCAUUACACAGAGGGGGCUGAGCUGGUUGACUCAGUCCUCGAUGUGGUGCGGAAGGAGGCCGAGAGCUGUGACUGCCUGCAAGGAUUCCAGCUGACCCACUCCCUGGGUGGGGGCACAGGCUCCGGAAUGGGCACCCUGCUCAUCAGCAAGAUCCGUGAAGAGUAUCCUGACCGCAUCAUGAACACCUUCAGUGUAGUACCCUCACCCAAAGUGUCUGACACUGUGGUUGAGCCCUACAAUGCCACCCUCUCUGUCCAUCAGUUGGUAGAGAAUACUGAUGAGACCUACUGCAUUGACAACGAGGCCCUUUAUGACAUCUGCUUCCGUACCCUUAAGCUGACCACACCAACCUACGGGGACCUUAACCACCUCGUCUCUGCCACCAUGAGCGGUGUCACCACCUGCCUCCGCUUCCCUGGCCAGCUCAAUGCUGAUCUCCGCAAGCUGGCAGUUAACAUGGUGCCCUUCCCACGUCUCCACUUCUUUAUGCCUGGCUUUGCCCCUCUCACCAGCCGUGGAAGCCAGCAAUAUCGGGCCCUUACUGUGCCUGAACUCACCCAGCAAGUCUUUGAUGCCAAGAACAUGAUGGCUGCCUGUGACCCCCGCCAUGGCCGGUACCUCACUGUGGCUGCUGUGUUCCGUGGCCGCAUGUCCAUGAAGGAGGUAGAUGAGCAGAUGCUCAAUGUGCAGAACAAGAAUAGCAGCUACUUCGUGGAAUGGAUCCCCAACAAUGUCAAGACGGCUGUCUGUGACAUCCCACCUCGUGGCCUCAAGAUGGCAGUCACCUUCAUCGGCAACAGCACAGCCAUCCAGGAGCUCUUCAAGCGCAUCUCUGAGCAGUUUACUGCCAUGUUCCGCAGGAAGGCUUUCCUCCACUGGUACACAGGUGAGGGCAUGGACGAGAUGGAGUUCACCGAGGCAGAGAGCAACAUGAAUGACCUCGUCUCUGAGUAUCAGCAGUACCAGGAUGCCACCGCAGAAGAGGAAGAGGAUUUCGGUGAGGAGGCUGAAGAGGAGGCCUAAGGAAGAGAACCCCCUCCCCAUUACCUCAGGCUUCUCAAUUCCCUGAGCUGCCCCUUUUCUUCCUUUCAGAAUUUGUUUCUGCUGCCUGUCUUUUUUUUUUUCUGGGGGUAGGGUGUAGAACAGUGCCUGGCACAUAGUAGGCGCUCAAUAAAUAUUUGUUUGUUGAAUGUCUCCUCUCUAUCCACUCUGGAAAACCUGAAUUUCUGCCAUUCUGGGUUACUUUUAAAUUUCUUUCCAACACCCACUUGUCAACGUCUGUCCAAUUAUUUCUGUUUCUCAAAGUUUCAAGAAGCUUGUCUCAUCCAGGUCUAUUUAGUAGGGACCAGGGGCUGAAAUCAUGGGCCGUAGCCAACAUCCUAACCCCAAGUAAGUAGAGGCGGAAGGGGUAGGUUACCUUCAUUACAAGGAGGGUGGUGUAGGAUUAUCUAUUCUAGGACAGUUUAAGAGGGAAAUCAAGUCAUUGAGGGGCAUUGUCAGCUUUAGAAUUGCCUAUUUGCAGAUGUGCCUACUCUGUUAAGAGUGGGAUUCCCCUCCAACUUUGCCUUGUGGAAUUGCAUUCCUUCCCUCUGAUCUAAGGGAGGAACCAGUCCUGAUCUCUAGAAACUUCCCAUCCCACUUACCUUUUUAAAAAGAAAAUAAUCCCUCACGGCCAUCUUUGGUCACUGCACUGGAGGCAACCAGACACCAUCUUUUUGUAACAUCUCUUAAUUGCUUUUUUUCCUCCUACCCUUGGUUUUGUCCUAUCUUACACUUCAGUUUUCCAUUUUGUGUUGAACUUGCUGCUUUUUUUCAUAUUGAAAAAUGACAUUGCCCCAAGAGC